AGUGCUUGGGAUGGUGGGACAGGUACCCGGGAUGGUGGGACAGGUACCCGGGAUGGUGGGACAGGUACCCGGGAUGGGGGGACAGGUGCCCGGGAUGGGGGGACAGGUGCCUGGGAUGGUGGGACAGGUGCCCGGGAUGGGGGGACAAGCGCUCGGGUUCCCUUUGCUGACCGUGAGCCCGGGAGCCUGCAGGGAUGGGCUGCCGGGGCUUUGUCUGGAGCUGGGAAUGGAGUGGAAUUGGACAGAGGGUCCCAGAGGUGCAGCGGGGGAAGUGAGAGCAGCCAGGGCUGGGAAGGAGAUUCCCCGAUGGGCUCCGGGGCCCUGCGGGAGCUGCGGGAGCUGCUGGCACGGGCCGAGGGUCUGGCUGCCGGCUGGGGCCGGCCUGCCUUCCCCUCAGCUUCCCUCACGGAAACCGGGGAGGCUCCCCCGGCCCUGCCUGGGAAGGAGCCCCAUCCCAGGGACCCCAGGGUGGGGAAGGAGCGGAUCCCUGAGCCCGUGACCCAGAGGGGUGUGUGGGGAGAGGGGCUGGGGUUCCAUCCUGCGGGUCCUGGCAGCUGCCACCGGGGAUGGGGAGAUCCCUCCAGCCUGCAGCGCCGGGAAGGGCUGAGGGGAGCGGCCCCGCAGCCCAGGCCGGGCAGGGCAGAGCCGGAGGGGUGCAGCGCUGUGCCCGGGAGCCCGGCUGUCCGUGUGGGGCUGGCACAGAGCGGGGCCAGCAGCGGCCUGAGCUCGGCCCCACAGCCGGGCCCUCCUCCCCUGCAGCCCCCGGGCACCGGCCCCGCUCUCCCGGGCACCGGCCCUGCUCUCCCGGGCACCGGCCCCGCUCUCCCGGGCACCGGCCCCGCUCUCCCGGGCACUGGCCCCGCUCUCCCGGGCGGCUCCCGGGGCUCUGUGGGCUGGGCCGGAGGGGCGGAGGGGACACGGGGCAGCAGCAGCGAGGACAGCAGCAGUGGGGAUUCACUCGGUGCCCGUGUCUGGAACCUCCUGGGCAGCACCCAGGGACAGCCAGGCACGUUCCGGGGGGCUCUCCAGGACAGCAGCGGUGACUCCCUGGCCGCCCGCGUCCGGAGCCUUCUGGGGCCGGCAGCCCCGGGCACCGCCGCCCGCCAGAUCCUCAGGGACGCCGAGGAGCAGGAGAGGAAAAUCCGAGCCUGGGUGAAGCUGAAACUGGCCAGCCAGUCCCAGGAGUCUGGGCCAGACAGGGAUGAAGAGACCCAGCACAGGAUGGAGGGAAUGAAGGCAGAGCUGCUCCCAAAGACCAGGCAACCUGCACAAGCCAAGGAUCCGUGGCUCUGUGGCUUGGGAGCAGGUUCUGAGUAUCUGAGGAAGCAGGAACAGGACCAGGAGCGUUUCCAGGCUCCCAGGUUUCCCAGGGACAGGCACAGACAGACAGACAGACGGCUCUUCCAGUCCAGCUCCCCAGCAGCAGUGCCAGUCCCUAGAGCUGAUCCCUGGGAUUGCUCCCUGCUGCAGGACGUGCAGCUCAAACUGUGGGGUGCUGCUGGGCUGCAGGACAUGCAGCUGGAGCCCUGGAAUUCUUCUGAGCUGCAGGACAUGCAGCUGAAGCCCCAGAGCACUGCUGGGCUGCAGGACAUGCAGCUGGAGCCUCGGAGAACAGAUGGGCUGCAGGACAUGCAGCUGAAGCCCCAGAGCACUGUUGGGCUGCAGGACAUGCAGCUGAAGCCCCAGAGCACUGUUGGGCUGCAGGACAUGCAGCUGAAGCCCCAGAGCACUGCUGGGCUGCAGGACAUGCAGCUGAAGCCCCAGAGCACCGCUGGGCUGCAGGACAUGCAGGACAUGCAGCUGAAGCCCCGGAGCAGCACUGAGCUGCAGGACAUGCAGGACGUGCAGCUGGAGCCCCAGAGCACCGCUGGGCUGCAGGACAUGCAGGACAUGCAGCUGCAGCCCCGGAGCAGCACUGAGCUGCAGGACAUGCAGCUGGAGCCCCAGAGCAGCACUGAGCUGCGAGUGUGUGAGCAGCAGGCAGCCGUGGGGCACAGCAGUGCCAUGGCAGAGCUCUGUGCUCCUCUGGCAGGGGAUCCCUGUGCAGGGAGCGGUGCAGCUGCCCCCCGUGCCCUGGGGCAGCCGGGCAAGCCGAGCUCUUCCAUCACCCUCAGCUCCUGGAGGCGGGCACCGGCCCCGCUGGGAUCCCGGGCACGCAGCCCCAGCCUGGCCAGGGAUGGGAUCCUGCUGGGGGAACCUCCCUGUGCUCGCCCUGGGGAGGAGAGGCCGGGCACAGAGCCCUGGGAGAGGAUCCAGAGCUGUCCCCCCAGCCCCACGCUGGCCAGGUCCUGGGAUGCUGCAGAGCUUCCUCCUGUCCCCUCUGCCAGUGCUGGAGCUGGAGCUCCUCAGGGAACAGCCCGGGGGCCUGGGAGCAUCCAGGCUGGGCAAACACAGAGCCUGGCUGCACAGCAGCCCCAAAUCCCGGCUGCAGGUGUGGCUGGGGGGCACGGACAGAGCACCGGGGCUGCGGGGCUGCGCUGCAGCACGGCACAGGAAAUAACUGCACUGCUUGAACCCCGCUCUGCCAGCUCACCCCAGCAGCAGGAGAGCCCAGCUGGGCACACCCAGCUCUGUGACAGCUCCAAGGGUGCAGGUCCAGCUGCACAGGAGGGUUUGGGGAAGGGUGCAGAUCCAGCUGCACAGGAGGGUUUGCUGAAGGGUGCAGGUUCAGCUGCACAGGAGGGUUUGCUGAAGGGGGCAGGUCCAGCUGCACAGGAGGGUUUGGGGAAGGGCUCAGGUCCAGCUGCACUGGGGGGUUUGCUGAAGGGCCCAGGUUCAGCUGCACAGGAGGGUUUGCUGAAGGGUGCAGGUCCAGCUGCACAGGAGGGUUUGCUGAAGGGGGCAGAUCCAGCUGCACAGGGGGGUUUGGGGAAGGGCUCAGGUCCAGCUGCACUGGAGGGUUUGCUGAAGGGUGCAGGUUCAGCUGCACAGGAGGGUUUGCUGAAGGGUGCAGGUUCAGCUGCACAGAUCUCCAGUGAGGCAUUGGCAGAGGGCAGGAAAAGCCCCAGUGAGGCAGCUCUCGUUCCAGAAGAGGCUGUGAGGGAGCACAUGGCUCCUUCUCACCCUUUACCUGCAGAGGAGGCUUCAUCCAGCACAUCUGAGGCUCCCUCACCAGCAGUGAGGAGGUUCCUGAGUUGUGUGCACAUCACCCUCUCCUCCAGAGCCGAUCUCUCCGAGCUGCGCGGCGCCGGGGCUGCUGGAGCUGGGAUGGAGCUGUGGGACAAACCCCAAGUGAAGGCUCAGGCAGUGACUUUAAAAGCAGCUCCAGAAGCUUCAGUGGAAGGUGUUCCUAAAUUCCCUCCUGCUGAGGGUGUUCCAGAGGAUCCCAGCCCCGCUGUGCCAGCGGCAGAUCCCAGCCAGGCGUUUUCCCCCAGGCAGGAGCUGCUGCUGCAGGGCAGGGCCAGAGCCGGGCUCCGGGGCUCAGGGGCUCAGGGUGCACAGGGGAUCCCCAGCUCUGCCCCUCCUGCAAAACCUGCGAGAAGGACUUCUGAUGCUGCCACUCAGAUCACCACAGAAAGCCCUACAAAAACCAGCUUCUCAGCAGAAAUCUGCCUCGAUGCCUGGCAGGGGGGAAAUGCUGCCCAGCACUCGUCGCUCCCCAGAGCCCCUGAAGCUCCCGGCGUUACAGCUUCAUCCCACAGGGAGAUUCCUCCCUUCCCCAGGCAGCCUGCCCAGCCCUUGCUGCUGCCCUACAAGCCCUUGGGAAGUGCUGGCAUGUAUUAUGUGCCCUGCCAGAGAUCAGGAGCCAGUGUGUCCCCAGACAUCAGCGAGGCCAGCGGAAACAGCUCCCACUCAGGGUCCGAGGAUGCGGCUGCAGUGCUCCUGGCCCGAGUGCUGGCCCUGGGGGACGAUUCCCCUGCAGCCAGGACAGCUGCCCAGCACAGAGGGACAAGCCAUGGCCACAGGGUGAAGCUGGCCUGGGCUGAGGAGCAGAGGAUGCCACUGGAACAGUCUGCAGAGCUCCCAGAUGGCUCCGGGCGUGUAAAACCCUCCGGUUGUGCCCCUGACCCCGCGAGCGGCAGCUGCUGCCCGGCUCCCCGGCACUUCAGCGGGGUCUCUGCUGGAGCAGGACACUCUGUCCCCUCCUCUGGGGCUGUCCUGGCCGGGUCACAGCGGCAGGGUCCCCGUGUGCCCCCCGGGACGGGCUGGCAGCUCUCAGCUCUCCCUGCAGAGGCCGAUGACAGCGGGAGCGAGGAGCCCGGAGCCGGGGCAGCCUUUGGGAACGGGAUGGAGCCGCAGCAGGACGCUGCUGGAGGGGAUCCUGCACAGCCUGGCCCAGCAGCUCGCCCCGCUGGGAGCCCAGGGAAGGCAGCACGGCACAGGAGCCGCCCCAGGGGCAGCCUGGAGGAGCUGUGGGUGACGUUCCUGGAGCGCCAGAGCAGACAGCAGCAGCAGCGGGAUUUCAGGGAGAGCGGAGAGCUGUCCCUCGUGGAGCGCCUGGAGCGGCUGGCCAGGCUCCUGCAGAAUCCCAUCAGACACACCCUGGCACCGGCAGCAGCUGCGGAGAAGCUUCCUGAGGGGUGCACACAGGGAAGGGAGCGGCUGAAAAUCCGGCUGGCAGGAGGAGGCAGGUCUGGGAGCGGCACAGAGCCCCGGGGAACAGCGGGACGGAGGCCACAGGUGAUCCAGGAACAGCCCGGGGCACACAGGCCGGGGCAGAAGGUGAUCCAGCACCUGAGGAGGAUUCUGGAGCAGCAGCAGCAGCAGCAGCAGCAGCUGGGAAUUGCGAGUGACAGCUCCUCGGAGGCCAGGCUGAGCGCAGAGCCCGGCGGCUGCAGCAGCUGCAGCACCUCGGGGUGGGACACGGGGACCCCGGCAGGGCCGGACACCUCCCCGGCCUCUGGGGACAGCAGCUCCCUGUCCCUGGCCACCAUCGACACGGCCAGGCUGCUCCGGGCCUUUGGCCAGCACAGGCUGGGGCUGGGCUCACAGCUGGCCCCACAGCUGGGCUCACAGCUGGCCCCACAGCUGGCCCCACAGCUGGCCCCACAGCUGGCCCCAGAGCCUGUCCCACAGCUGGCCCCACAGCCUGUCCCACAGCUGGCCCCACAGCCUGCCCCACAGCCGGCCCCACAGCCGGCCCCACAGCUGGCCCCACAGCCUGCCCCACAGCUGGCCCCACAGCCGGCCCCAGAGCUGCCCCCGAGGCUGGCCCAGCUGUACUGUGCCAUCAGGCAGCAGAAGAGCCGCUCGGAGCGCUGGGAUGAGGAGAGCGAAGGAGCAGGGGCUGAGAACCUCGGGAAGGGGCAGCAGAGCCAGAGCACCAUCCCCUUUUCCUCGGAUUCCACUUGUGCCAGCAGCAGCUCCUGGGGACCGAGCUGUGCCCUCAGGAACAAGCGACGGACACGGAUGCUGAACAAAGGGAUCCAGGCAGGAGACCUGGAGAUCGUCAGCAGCGGCACCAGGAGGAACACCAGGGACGUGGGGGUGACCUUCCCCACACCCAGGCACAGCCAGGAGCCCGUGGGACACAGCCAGGAGCCCGUGGGACACAGCCAGGAGCUCAGGGGACACAGGCAGGAGCUCAGGGGACACAGCCAGGAGCUCAGGGGACACAGCCAGGAGCUCACAGGACACAGGCAGGAGCUCAGGGGACACAGCCAGGAGCCCGUGGGACACAGCCAGGAGCUCAGGGGACACAGCCAGGAGCUCACAGGGCACAACCAGGAGCUCAGGGGACACAGCCAGGAGCUCAGGGGACACAGGCAGGAGCUCAGGGGACACAGCCAGGAGCUCAGGGGACACAGGCAGGAGCCCACAGGACCCAGCCAGAAGCUCACAGGACACAGUCAGGAGCCCACAGGACACAGGCAGGAGCUCAGGGGACCCAGCCAGGAGCUCAGGGGACCCAGCCAGGAGCUCAGGGGACCCAGCCAGGAGCCCAGGGGACCCAGCCAGGAGCUCAGGGGACACAGCCAGGAGCUCAGGGGACACAGCCAGGAGCUCACAGGGCACAGCCAGGAGCUCAGGGGACACAGGCAGGAGCUCACAGGACACAGUCAGGAGCUCAGGGGACACAGACACAGCCAGGAGCUCAGGGGACACAGCCAGGAGCUCAGGGGACACAGGCAGGAGCUCAGGGGACCCAGCCAGGAGCCCACAGGACACAGCCAGGAGCUCACAGGACCCAGGCACACUGGCCCUGGCACCUGGCAGCGGGCACCCACGGACAGGCUCCCCACGGACAGACGGACAAGGAGCAGCAGGCUGCACUUGCAGCAAGGGACUCAGUGGCUCGUCCCAGCAGAGGAUCUGAAAUGUGAAUGGAGGAAAGAAAACCAGUCCAGUGCCAUUGCUGGCCCUGGGCCUGCCUGGUUUGAGCCCUGGAGCAGCACAAAGCCCUGGAGAGAGCCCCUGCGGGAGAAGAACUGGGAGGAGCAGCCCAGCCUGGGCCGGGCAGGGGCUGCCAGGGGGCUGGGGCAGCCCCUGGGGAAGCUGACCCUGCAGGAGGCCCUGGCCCUGCACCGCCCCGAUUUCAUCUCGCGCUCGGGACAGCGCCUGCGGCACCUGCGGCUGCUGCGCGAGGAGAGGAGGCUCCAGAGGCUGCUGCAGUCCCAGAGGGAGCAGCUGCAGUCCCAGGGGCUGCUGCAGUCCCAGAGGGAGCAGCUGCAGUCCCAGGGGCUGCUGCAGUCCCAGAGGGAGCAGCUGCAGUCCCAGAGGCUGCUGCAGUCCCAGAGGGAGCAGCUGCAGCUGCUGCAGUCCCAGAAGGAGCAGCUGCUGCCAUCCCAGCAGCUGUUGCAGCCUCCAGGGAAGAGACAGCCCUGCAGGACUGCAAAUCACCUGGUGUCCAACCGAGGUUUCCUGAUGAAAGAAAAAAGAAGAGCAAUUCCCAAGAGAGAAAUGUUUCAAAGAUCUAAAAGGCUCUAUGAGCAGCUCCCCGAGGUGAGGAGGAAGAGGGAGGAGGAGCAGAGGAAGCUGGAGUACAGCUCCCACCGCCUGCAGGCUCAGCUCUACAGAACUAAAAUCACCAACCGUGUCCUGGGGAAGAAGGUGUCCUGGAGCUGAGGGGAGCUCUCCUGCCAGCCUGGGCUGCAGCAGCACCUGCUGGGACAGGGAGAAAGCAGUAAAUGCUUCUGCAGCUCGAGUUUGUGCUCUUGGGUCACUUUUGUGCUAAUUAAUUCUGCCCUGUGUAAUAAUCAGUGAUUUGGGGGCAGUGUCAGGGUUUUAGAUAAAUAGCUGUGUUUUUAUAGUGGUGUUAGGCACUUGCAGAGGAAACAGAGUCUGGAAAAACUUGGUUCAUAAUAUAUUUAUAACUCCCUGAUUGGAAUAGCAGUUUUCUAUAUUUAUGUUCAAUGGGUUUUAAUGAGGAUUUUUACAUUUUUUUAAUUCCUGUCUCAAUGUAGAAAAUUCCCUUGUUAUGUUUUGUACUGCAGAACCCCUCAAUAAAACAGGU